GCAUUAUAUUCUUUCUACUCUGUAUAUUUUUCAUUAAUUAAGAAUAAUAUAUUGGUGAUCAAGAAAUUAAUUAAUACGGCCGGAAUUUAGAUUCAUCGGCAAAAAUGGAGUCCCAAAACGUCAUCGUAAUGAGGCAUGGACACCGUCUUGACACCGCCGACGAGAGCUGGACUAGCGGCAACAUGGACAACCGUCCAUGGGAUCCGCCGAUAUGCGACGGAGAGGAAAAUAAAAACUUGUUUUCUCAGGCGGCCGAGAAAAUUAGGAAUGAUGUCGGAGCCCCGAUCGACCGUGUCAUUGUCUCCCCCUUCCUCCGCUGUCUACAGACAGCUUCGGAGACCAUCAGAGCCCUCUUGGAAUUGUACGAUGAUCCCGACAUCGAGAUUAAGGUUUGUAUUGAGUUUGGAUUAGCAGAAGUUAUGAACGUCAGAGUCAUAAAAACGCCUCCUAGCGAUGGAGAUUUCGGAUUUAAUAUCUCAGAGUAUGAAGUUCACUUUCCAUCACAAACCACAUACGAAACAGUUUAUCAACAGCUGCCAGAGUGGGGAGAAGCGAGAGAAGCUGCAUAUGAUAGGUAUAAGAAGGUUGUUCGCGCCCUUGCUGAUGAAUAUCCUAAUGAAAACCUGCUUAUUGUCACACAUGCUCUAGGAGUGGAAAGUUUGACAUGUCAACACAUGGACAUACCAGCGGGGAAAGUUGCAUGGGUGGAAGUUGGUGGAUAUGCACACUUAAUGAGGCCACGUGGUAAAAAAAACAACUUCGAACUCUCAAAUUUAUUUCGUGUUGAUGUCCGCCACAAGCCGCAGGCCGCACAAAGGCAGGUACAAAGUGUGUCCCAUUUUGAGGCACAAAAUGAGACAAGCAGCAGGGGUUGCUGCUUCCUAGUGUGUGUUUCAUUAUUGUCUAAGUUUGGCCUUAUCUUGUGUAUUGUGGCUUGGGUUGCUUUGGCCGGUUCAAUUUUGUACUGGUUCGGUGUAUUUGAUAAAUAUCUGGUCUGGGCUCGGGCUCGUCAUUUCGGAUCUAAUCUCAUCUCGUAAUCUCAUUUGGUACACCACUCAAAUAAGAAGUCUAAGUGAAUAAGUUUGCUUGGUUGGUCUCUUGUCACUCUCGUUAUUAUUAUUAAUGAAUAAGUGUGGUUCUUUCAGAAACAAAAAGUUUUAGGUGUGACUUCGAUUGACCCGGCUUAGAAAGUUCAGUUCAACGGAACAUGUCUUA